GCCUCCCGCUGCCGCUUCUGCUGCUCCCGGCGCCGCCGCCGUGUCGGCCCAGCGUGGGCUGGCGGCGGAGCUGCAGUCAUGGAGCCGGAGCGCGAGUGCCGGGUGCUGUCCAUCCAGAGCCACGUCGUACGCGGCUACGUGGGCAACAAGGCGGCCACCUUUCCCCUGCAGGUUUUGGGAUUCGAAGUUGACACAGUGAACUCUGUCCAGUUUUCAAACCACACAGGUUAUGCCCACUGGAAGGGUCAGGUGUUAAAUUCUGAUGAACUUCAUGAACUGUAUGAAGGACUUAAGCUGAACAAGGUCAACCAAUAUGAUUAUGUACUCACAGGAUAUACAAGAGACACAUCAUUUCUUGCAAUGGUGGUGGAUAUUGUGCAAGAGUUGAAGCAACAGAAUUCUAACCUAGUAUAUGUGUGUGAUCCAGUGAUGGGAGACAAAUGGAAUGGAGAAGGCUCCAUGUAUGUGCCUAAGGAUCUCCUCCCAGUCUAUAGGGACAAAGUUGUACCCGUUGCUGAUAUAAUUACUCCUAACCAGUUUGAGGCUGAGUUACUUACUGGGAGGAAGAUUUACACAGAAAAAGAUGCUUUAGAGGUAAUGGAUAUGCUCCAUGCCAUGGGACCAGAGACUGUGGUGAUAACCAGCUCAGAUCUACAGGCACCGCUAGGAAACGACUACCUGAUUGCUCUGGGAAGCUACAGGAAAACUAAUGCAGAUGGUACCAAGAUAACACAGAGAAUUCGAGUGGAAUCUCCUAAAGUGGAUGCUGUCUUUGUUGGAACAGGAGACUUGUUUGCUGCUAUGCUUUUGGCAUGGACACAUAAACAUCCAAACAAUUUGAAGGUGGCAUGUGAAAAGACUGUGUCAGCCAUGCAACACGUUCUGCAGAGGACCAUUAAGAGUGCAAAAGCACAAGCUGGAGAAGGAAACAAACCAAACUCAGCCAAUCUGGAACUGAGAAUGGUCCAAAGCAAAAAGGACAUAGAGAACCCAGAAAUCAUAGUGAAAGCUACUGUGUUAUAAAGGCUGUAUGUCUCCAGCAACGCACAAUGUAUUGAUGUCCUCAUUUUUUUUCCUGUAAAUUGUAAUAUUUGCCUUAGAUCUGUGACAGAAACCUGAUUUUCAUGAAAUAGUGCCCAGCAUAGGCAGAUAUCCACUCUCAAACAUAUGUGCUGGCCUUGCUCGGUUUUAAAAACAAAACAGAGUCAGUAUGCAUUAAAGCAUAUUACCAGGUAUCAAAAUGGCUGUCAAGUUCACUUUAUGUGUGUAAUUUCCCAGGGCAAGAGAGUACAAUGUUCCUGCCUUGCCAAAGACUUCAGAUGUGAAUUUGCUAAUGGAAUGCUUGACUGACUGGAGAAUAUAUUUCAAGAUUGCAUCUAGUGCCAAUGGAGCUUGCUACAAGCUCCCUUUUCCUGGAGAGAUAUGGUUACCUACUCUGGUAUUCAGUAUCUCAGCUGCUAUGAAACUAAGCAGGGUUAAAACUACACACAAAGCUCUGGAUGUGUGUAGAAGUACUUUGAAGAUGUUUGGCAUUUAAGUACUCUGAAGUGACCUUGAGGUGUCUGUCAUUAAUGUUACUGAUAACUGCUCCCGUUUCUUGUCUUAGGAACAGCUGCACAUUUUCAGUUUCUGCAGGUACUGGCUGCUAAUUUCUAAUGUCCACAACUGCCCUCAUGUUUUUCUUCCAAAACUCUGCUCCUGAAAUACUUUCAUUAAUAAGAGAAUAUAUUCAUUCAGUAGCACUGACUACAAGUUUGUAGCUUUAUCUCUGAGGCCAGGUUUGAUGCUUUGUUUUUUUUUUUUUAACUAAGGACAAAUGUUAUUUAAGGACAAAAGAGAAAGCAGCUCCUACUCUGAAGGCUGACAGCAGUCGUUUUUUCUUCGUGGAUGUAUUUACACUGUGUAGAGCGCUUCCACUUAGCAAUAGUGAGCACUAUUGGCAGUUUAUCAAUGAAGCAAUGUGGUAACAGCAAUACAUGUGGCUUAGGAAAUUGCAAAUGUUUACCAAAUUCAGGACAGCAUACAAAAUUUGUUCAUAAUGUAAUUCUCUGUAACUUCCUCUGGGAUCACAGAAAUACAUUAUUAUUUGUCUCUUGAACAUUUUUCAUUUCAAAAUUCAGCUUCAUUAGCCUUCAAAAUGGAAUUUUUACUAAUUUCAGUGUCUAGUAUAUCACAGCCACAUAUUACACCACUAAGGAGAUAGGCUGACAAGUUCUGAACACUGAUAAUUCCUUUUGAUUUCUGUAUGGGACUGAAGUUCUCACUUCUCCCAAGAGGAGAUCUGAUGUGUUUUUAGAUCCAAAUUCAGUUGAUAUUUUUUCCCUACAUGUCAUAAGCAGAUAAAAAUUUCACUCCUGCUUGAAGCAGAUUUCUUCAUGAAGCAAAUUCGCAUUAGGGGAAAGGGCAGCUCUGGGCCUUUUUUGAUGAUGUGAAAUACACUGUUGGAUGUCUGCCAGAUACUUUUCCUGCCCAUUCGUCAUCACACCUGCUUAAUUGUCACAUACAUAAUGUGGGAGUCCCCAGCAGAGCUGGUCUGGAGAUUGCUUUUGCCACUGCAGACUUCAUUUACCCCACCAUUUUGUGGAUAUUCUGUCACUGUAAAAGUUGAUUUUUUUUUUUCACUUAGUAGAGGAGUAAUUUAUUCUUAAAGUUACUUUGAAUUCAAGAGAUUUUUAUUUUUAGAGUAAGAUUUUAUAAUUAAUGUACUUCUGAAAUCCCUCAUUUUCAGUACCUCUAAAACAAAUGAAAUUUAAGAGAUGAACACGAUUUGCAGUGUAUGUAAGAGGCAAAAUCCAGGUUUUUACUCUCCACAACUAAUACUGCUAUUGUCUCUCUACGUUUGACAUUAAGCAUUUAAAAAGAAAAGAGAUUAGAAUUUUAAGAAAAAAAAAAAAAAGAAAACACAGAAAUGGACUAUAAAAUGUGACUCUGCUGCCAUGGUUUAUAGCAACCACUGCCAUGAAAUAACUUUCCAUGAAUAAUAAUAUCAGUGAUGUGAACGGUCACUAAAAUUAGCAGUCAGUAACAGAGAUGAAUUCAUGGCAGAUGUCCAGCAUGUCGAUAGACAGGAACUGUCUUACCAGCAUGUGUAAAUCUGAUGGGAAGGAGUGAAAAAGAGGGAGCCAUGCACUACUCGGUGUCUGGUGGGAAGAUGAGAGGAAGAUGGGCGUAAAUCAGAAUACAGGAAAUUCUGCUGAAACAUUUAAAAAAAAAUAAAAAAGAAAAGGAAAAGAAAAAAAAAAGACUAUGAAUGUGAGUGAACACUGAAGCAAGUUUCCCAGAGAGGUUGUGGAGUCACCAUCCUCGAGAGAUAUUCAAGUGUUGAGAUUCUGAAGCUCUUCACAUUAGGGGAUCAGCAGUAGAGAAAAGCUCCAAAUUGACCUUUUUUUUUUUUCUUCUUUUGCUUUCUUUUUAAGCAGUGUUAGCUAUGCACUGUCAAAAUUUGCUGUCAAAGAAACCCUACCUGUUCUAAGACCGUACUACAGAAAGCCCUUUUAGAUAGGGUGAGACAGCACAAUUGUUUUUGGCACUAAAGAAGUAGACUUCCAGAGGGGAAUUGAGAGGAAGGCAGAUCUUUAUUUCAUUGAAAUAAGCUUGGAAUUUAGGAAAUAUAAAGUUACCUUACAAAGAAGGUUUUAUGUGUUAACCACAAUCAACCUUGAUCUUACCAUAAAAGAGUAAGUAAGGUGUUUCCCAGAGCAGCUUAUACCCAUCACAUGUGAUCUCUAGCUACUGCUUCAAAGAAAGGAGAGUCACUCCAGUAAUCCACACCUUUCUUGGCAUCUGUGGCAUAGCCAUGGGGAUGGACACAAUAAGGGUAGCUUCAGGGGAAAAAAAAAAAUAAGAAGGUGAUGUUACUAAUGAGCUCAGUUUGCAGCAGUUCAUAUUUUGUAUUAGGUGGGCUCUGUAACAGUUGGCUGCUUGCUGCUUCUGCUUGGGUCCUUGGGAGCUGCUCAUGAAGUACCUCUUUUGAACUCCCACUGCCCUGAUCUAAAUUAGUUUGUGUUUAUGUGUUCUGGGAAUAAUUGUGCUUAACAUCUCUUGCCUGGAACAAACAUCAGCAAUCAUCUGUAAAUAUAUCCUGUAGCUGACAUUUUGAAGUCACAGCGGGCAAACAGGUAUUUUUGAAUGUCAAGGUAUACAUAUGUAAUACUUAGAUGCGUUUUUAUUCAUUCAGGGGUGUAGAGCACUUUUUCAUGAUGUCUGCAGAACAGAAUUCAAAGUCUCCGUCCAUUCCUGCCAUGGAUAAUAUCUGUUUAAAAACAAAAAAAAAAAAAGACAAAAAAAACCCCCACAUUCUUACUGUCUGGUGCUUCUUGAAAGUACCUCAGCAUUAGACAGCUGCCCACUGCUUAUGGACAUGGAAAAAACUCAUCAGAGUUGUCUGAUGCACUUGCAGUUGCCUAGGUAAAAGAAAAUGGUUAACUUAAAGCAGGUUAGAUCCCCAGUGAUUACAAAAGAAAAAGCACCUUAGCACAGAAGGUGGAUCUAUAACUAAUGAGAAGUCUUUCAUGACUGCCCUAACAGCACGAAAGGUGGCUGUAGCCCACUAGUCCAUGGCCUCUGCUCAGCACUGAGGCUGGUUGAGGAAUGCCAGCUUCACUGCCAUGCAUACUCCCCAGUGUAUGUGUGGAGGGCACGUGUACGUGUGAAGUUAGCGCGAGGUACGCAUCUAAUACUGAAGGGCACGUCCUCGUGGGAACGGUGAGCGGUUUGUGUUUGAGUUCAGGUGACUUCUCUGCCAUUCUUCACUCACUUGGAAAUUAUUUGUGUCGGAUCCUUUUUUCUGGGGUGAUUUGUUCAGUGUCUGUGCUCAGCCAUUUUGAUUACUGCACUCAUUUAUGAAGCCAUUGUACGGGAAAGACCAAAAGUUGUUUACAGGUAUUCUACUCAUCUCUGGGCCUGGAUAUAGGUUACUGCAUACCUAAAAUUCCCUUUUACCUCUUAGAGAGACACAUGCAUAAAGACAUUGUGCUAGAAUCGAUACUGUUCACGCUCGAUAUAAACAUUUAAAGAAUCUAUGGUAUGAAAUUGUUAACUUUUAAUGUUUGUUUGCUAAUUUAUACGGGAAAAUCUCUGAUCAAUGUGCUGUACAAAAUAAUCGGAGGACCAAGGUUUCCAGCUACUCAUACUGCCUUUUUGAGUAUCUUACUGUAUCUUGAUUGGAUGGUAUUCUUUUGUUGUCUGAGAUUGUUCUGGUGAUUGUAUUGAUAUAUUUAAUUUUAAACUAUGUGGCAAGGAAGAUUGUAAUAAAAGCAUCUACAUUUAAUAUACUGUA